UCUUUUCUCUACAGUGUGGUUCACGCAGUACCUGUACGAUAUUUAAAUACGACUGUGAGAGUCAUUUCAGAUCCGCGGAUUCUGGUUCAAAGCCUCUACAUGCUCAAUUUCCCAUUUCAGGUUUUUCCUCAAAUAAUCGCAAUCAAAAUUUUCAUUUUACGCAAAAAAAAAAAAAAAAAAAAACAAAAAAACAAAAAAAAAAAAAACAGCUCUAGAAUAAUCGAAGGAAGAAGAAGAGCAUUGCUUAAAGUCUUUUUGAUCUAACCGAUCUUUCUACCAGAUCUCCAUCUCCGUUUCGUUUUCAACUUUCUCGCUUGUUCGUGACUUAGAGAGUUGGAUGACUUGUAUCUGUGAAUCAAAUUGGGGAGAGUUGGAUGACUUGUAUCUGUAAAUCAAAUUGGGUUCUGACUUUUUGAUUUGUUUGCUACAUCAACAAGUUUAUGAAGAAAUCGAUCGGUUUGUUGUUUUGAAACUGUCGUCGAUGUUUGAUUUGUAUCUAUUACGGAGAAGAUCUAGUGGUAUUAGUACUUUUUAUACCUGUUAGAACUAGAACCCAAAUUUAUGGUCGUUAGCAAGGUUUUUUCAACCCUGGGUUGAGUUGUAGAAGUGGAUCUAGUGGAUCACGCUUACUUUGAUUCGGACCAACUUGAGGAACUUUAUUAAAAUCGUGGAGUUGUUGAUUUUACAAUGGAGACGCUUGUUGUUGUGGCUCAACAUAGGAACCAAUACUACAGCCGGGGCAAGCCACAGGGGCCUGCUCGGUAUGGUUCGUCACCUUCUAGAGACUUUAGAGGGAUAAACUGCCGGAGUUUUCAAUCUGCUGCUGGUCUACUUCCAACCCCGUUCAAGGCUUGUACCAGCCCUGUAUCCAAACGGGCAUGUUCUUCUCCAAAAACACCUAUACCUUCCCUUUAUUCACACUCUGAUAACAAAACUCGCAGUUUAACAAAGGCCAAAAGCACUCCAAUUGCUAUCAAUGUCAAUGCUUCUGAUAAAGGGAAACAUUUUAGUGAAGAGGUUUCGGAAGAAACACUUUCGUUUUCUGAGCUCUGGGCUGGUCCCGCAUACUCAAACUCACCACCACCCAGUUCGUUACCCAUACCCAAAUUUUCCGUCCGGCCAAAGAGAACCGUGUCGCUGGAGUUGCCUGGUUCAGCCCCCGAGAUUGAAAUGCACCCAAUGGCUAAGUCUGCUCCCCCAUCUCCAACUAGGGAGCAUAACCCUUCUAAAAGAGAUCUCUUCCUUAGUGCUGAAUGUGCGACCAAGACCCUGCGUCGCAUUCUUAAUCUUGACAUCCUCAGUGAAUGAAGCCCGGGGGGGGGUCAUUGUGUCCUCUCCUGUAAAUAAGUGUUCUGUGCAAACUAGUUUAGUUUCAGAUUGUAUAUAGAGUGAAUAAAUUGGUAGGUAGAGCAAGCCUGUAGGACUUUAUUUUAGCGUUUUGUGGUGGUAUUGCAAGUAGACUCUUGCGCUGGUGGUCUACAAUCUGGAGUUUACACUGAGAAUUGGUGAGUUUGGUGUGGAGUUGGUUUUCAGUGAUGGAUGCUCAAUUAACAAUAGGGGAAUGGUAGGCAAUGUGGAUGGAACUGACCCUAAAUUUUCAGGAAGGAGAAGCAAAUUAAUAGCAUGGAAUAUGCUUUUAAGUGAAUGGUUGCCUGCACUCCGGCAAGUGAUGGAACAACUUAUUACUCUAUAUAUGUUGAGGCUAAUAUAAUGUUGAAAUUGAUGAUAUAGCUCCUUGAUAGUUUUUCCUCACAAAUUUGUGAGUUUUCACUAAUGUUUCAGAGUUUGAGAUUCGUUUGAGAUACCAUGUAUAUACUGUUGCAUUGUAGAAUCUUUAGCCUUCUGCUCAUACAGAAAUCUGUAGGUCUUCAUUUUCCCUUUUUCAGUUUCCUUUCGUUUCUUUGAUGUCUUGCCUCCUUCUCAAAUUCACUAGACAUUGGUUAGUAUCUUUUUUCUUGUUCAAUUGGUGCUUAGGUUGUCUGUUAACUUCUCUUUUGCUUGGUCCGCCUUGCCUAAAUUGGCUGCCCAAAUCAAUCGACUAUACUCAACAUGACUUUCUUUCCUUCUUUUCGUAACAAUCUAACUCUGUUUACUUGUACUCUUGGAGGGUAUCUUUCCCGUUCACCAUCUUUUCUGUUUUUUAAGAAAGAAAAGUGGGAAGGGGUAGUGAUGGUAGUUCUUUUGCUAAUUUUGCUUCUUCAGUUCGUAGCGUCAGUCCAUGUUGCUCUGUCUUGUAGUCUUUUCAGCUGAAACCCCCUAUUAGUUCUUCUUCUGAGCGGUUCUUGCUUCUUUUAUCAUAGUCCUCGCAGGGCUUUCUUUCAUUGGUGAUCGGUGGCCAUGCCAACUACUUAUAAGCAGGAUGCCAGUGGAAGAAGUACGAAGGAUCAUUAGUGGGAUAUGUUCGCAAUGGAUCUAGUUAGAUUCAUAUGGUAGUUCCUCAAAGGAGCCAAGUGCAGUUUUAUCUACAUUGUCGCUUGUGUUGAAGCCUGGUUUAUGUCUCGUUUUUAUUGCUUUUUUUGUUUUUUGUACCGGGAGUUCAUAGUUCUAAAUGCUAGUUUUAAUGUGUGACUUAAAUCAUUUUGAUCUUUUGUUAUCUUACCUUUGGACUUAUAUGUUAGUCCUUUUGAGUGUUAGUUUAUAAGUUUAUGUUAAUUGUUUCAAGUGGUUGUAUCAAAUGUUUAUUGUUUAUGUUAGUCCUACGAGCCAAUUUGCAGUUUCUGAUAA